AUGAUGAAAAACAGAUGCUAUCCCCUGUCAUUCCUAGCUGAGAAUCAACUGCUCAUGAAGGCUAGUAUUACACAUAGCACAUGGAUUUGGCACAAAAGGCUAGGACACCUACACUUUAGAGGACUGAAACAGUUGAGAGACAAAGAUAUGGUACAUGGAUUACCUCAAUUGGAAGAGCAAAAUGUUGUGUGUGAAGGCUGCCAGUUUGGAAAACAACACAGGGAUGUUUUUCCAAAUAAUCAAGCUCAAAGAGCAAUCUCUCCACUUGAGUUAGUCCACACUGAUCUUUGUGGGCCUAUGAAAACUGAAUCUGUGGCAGGAAAUAAAUACUUCAUGUUGAUCAUUGACGACUGUACAAGGAUGAGUUGGGUGUAUUUCUUAAGAAACAAAUCUGAAGCUUUCAAUUGUUUCAAGAAAUUUAAAUCUAUGAUUGAGUUGCAAUCUGGACACAAAGUGAAAUGCUUGAGAAGUGACAGAGGUGGAGAAUUUCUAUCUUCUGAGUUCAUAAAGUUUUGUGAAGAUCAUGGGAUUCAAAGACAGCUCACAAUGGCCUAUACUCCUCAGCAAAAUGGAGUGGUAGAAAGGAAAAACAGGACUGUGGUUGAAAUGGCCAAGUCUAUGCUACAUGAGAAGGAAAUACCUUAUUCUCUUUGGGCAGAGGCUGUACACACAGCUGUAUAUAUCUUGAAUAGAUGCCCUACCAAGGUGUUGAACAAUGUCACACCUUUUGAGGCUUAUAGUGGAAGAAAGCCAGGCAUUGCUCAUCUGAAAGUCUUUGGCUCUUUAUGUUAUGUUCAUGUGCCUAAUGAACUAAGACAUAAACUCGAGCCCAAGAGUGUGAAAGGAGUGUUUGUAGGAUAUGCAACCUGUGAGAAAGGCUAUAGGAUCUAUGAUCCAAUCUCCAAGAAGCUCACCUUAUCAAGAGACAUUAUCUUUGAUGAAGAGAAGUCUGGAACUGGAGAUGGAGCUGAAAAUGUUGCACUAACACCUCAGACUCAAACCCGAUAUGAAAGGAGUCCAUCAUUCUUUCAAGCAUCAUCACAACAUAUCUCAAGUGACAUAAGUAGUGAAGAAAGGAACACUCAAGCUUAUGAUCACUCACCAUUGAAGUGGAGAAAGUUAGAUGAUGUGCUUGCACAGUGCAAUCUCUGCAUCAUUGAACCAGAAAGAUAUGCAGAGGCAGCUCAAGACAAGGCAUGGCUAAGAGCUAUGGAAGAUGAACUCCAAAUGAUUGAGAAAAAUGGUACUUGGGAAUUGGUUGACAGACCAACUGAGAAACCAGUUAUUGGAGUCAAAUGGGUUUACAAAACCAAGCUAAACUUGGAUGGUUCAAUUCAAAAGAACAAGGCAAGGUUAGUUGCAAAAGGAUAUGCUCAGAAACCUGGACUGGAUUACAAUGAAACCUAUGCUCCUAUGGCUAGAUUGGACACCAUUAGAACCCUCAUUGCCUUAGCUGCUCAGAAAGAGUGGAAGCUGUACCAGCUUGAUGUAAAAUCAGCGUUUCUAAAUGGUGUAUUGCAAGAAGAGGUCUAUAUAGACCAACCGGAGGGUUAUGUAAUCAAAGGCAAGGAAGAUAAAGUUUAUAGGCUGCACAAGGCUCUUUAUGGUUUAAAACAAGCACCUAGAGCUUGGUAUGGAGAGAUAGACACCUACUUCAUGCAAUGUGGUUUUAAGAAAAGCCUAAGUGAAGCUACUUUGUAUACCAAGUCAAGAGGAGAUAGAGAUAUUCUCAUUGUCUCCAUUUAUGUUGAUGACAUUGUGUAUACAGGGAGCUGCAAAGAAUUGUUAGAUGAAUUCAAGGAAGAGAUGAUGAUGAAAUAUGAGAUGACAGAUUUGGGCCUUCUACAUCACUUUCUUGGCAUGGGGGUGGUUCAAACGAAUUCAAGCAUAUUCAUUCAUCAAAAGAAAUACGCAGGUUCUCUAUUGAACAAAUUUGGCCUAAAUGAGUGCAAGUCUGUAACUACACCUCUUGUAGCAACUGAAAAGCUAGUUAAGGAUGACGGAAGUGGAGCAGCAAGUGAAGAGCAAUAUAGAAGCAUCGUAGGUAGCCUCUUGUACCUAACUGCCACCAGACCCGACAUUAUGUAUGCCUCUAGUCUGCUUGCUCGUUUCAUGCAUUGCCCCACAAAUAAGCACUAUGGAACUGCUAAACGAGUGCUAAGGUAUGUGAAAGGGACUCUAGAUUAUGGUCUAGAGUAUGUAAAAGGAAGGAAUGCAAUGCUGAUUGGCUUCUGUGACAGUGAUUGGGGAGGAUCAAUUGAUGACAGCAAAAGCACUUCUGGAUAUGCAUUCUCCUUUGGCAGUGGUGUCUUCUCUUGGGCUUCAGUCAAGCAGAAUUGUGUGGCGCUGUCCACAGCAGAGGCAGAAUAUAUAAGUGCAUCCGAGGCUACUGCUCAGGCCAUUUGGCUUAGAUUCGUGUUGGAAGAUUUUGGAGAACUUCAGACAGAAGCAACCCCAUUGCAGUGUGACAAUACAUCUGCGAUUGCCAUUACAAAAAACCCUGUGUUCCAUCAGAAGACAAAGCAUAUUGAUCGAAGAUAUCACUUCAUCAAAGAUGCACUUCAAGAAGGCAUCAUUGACUUGGUGUACUGUCCUACUAAGGAACAACUAGCUGACAUUUUCACCAAACCUUUGGCUAAGGAUCCAUUCAAUUACCUCAGGAGCAUGCUUGGAGUUAAAUCAGCUCAAGACUUAAAGGGGAGUGUUGAAUUAUAA